AUGUCCUUGAGCGAUCACCCCAAGGCCUACGGCACGGCGGCCGUGGUCUUCGCCUUUACUACAGGCAUCCUCGUCACCCUCGGCUUCAAGGACUUUUACCCAGACCUCGAGCGUCGCUACCAGCGCAAGCGCCGCGCAAACUCGGGAGGUUCACGCCGGCCGAGUCUGUUCUGGGGUGCACCUGUCACCCUCGAGGACCACGAGUCGGAGCCAUCAUCACCGUCGCCGUAUGAUGUCGCUCGCAACAGCUUAGCCUAUGGCAUAGAGGGCACCAUCGGCAACACGCCUCUAAUCAAGAUCCAGUCCCUAUCCGAUGCCACGGGCCGCACCAUCAUGGCCAAGGCCGAGUUCCUCAACGGCGCUGGGAACAGUCCCAAGGACCGUGUUGCACUGAACAUGAUCAAUGAGGCCGAAGCCCAAGGUCUUUUGACGCCACACCAAGGCGAUACCAUCUACGAAGGUACUGUUGGCAGCACGGGUAUUUCACUUGCGACUCUCGCUCGCGCAAAGGGCUACCGCGCCCACAUUUGCAUGCCCUCAGACAUGGCCCUUGAAAAGUCCGAUCUACUUCUGCACCUCGGCGCAACGGUCGAGCGAGUGACGCCAGCGCCUAUUACCAGCCCCGAUCAUUUUGUUAACCUUGCCCGGCGUCGGGCUGUCGAGCACGCCGAAAAGGCCAAUGACGGCAGCAAGGGCUUCUUUGCGAACCAGUUCGAGUCUGAGGCCAACUGGCAAGCACACUUUAACGCGACGGGACCCGAGAUCUGGAGACAAACCAACGGCGACCUUGAUGCAUUCGUGGCCGGUGCAGGAACUGGCGGUACCGUCUCCGGCGUCGCAAAGUACCUCAAGGAGGAGGAGAAGGCUACAAAUCUCAAGAUUGUCCUCGCCGACCCGCAGGGCAGUGGUUUAUAUAACAAGGUCCGCCAUGGUGUUAUGUAUUCGUCAACAGAGCGAGAGGGUACCCGUCGGCGGCAACAGGUCGACACCAUGGUCGAAGGCAUUGGAAUUACACGACUGACGGAGAACUUUGAGGCGGGCCGCGAGCUCAUUGACGACGCCGUGCGUGUGACGGAUGAACAGGCUUGCCGGAUGGCACGGUGGCUCGUUGAACACGACGGCAUCUUCGUUGGUAGCAGCAGCUCCGUCAACUGCGUCGCCGCCGUCGCCACCGCCAUGACUCUUCCUCCGGGAAGCCGCGUCGUGACGAUCCUCUGCGACUCUGGAACAAGACAUCUGAGCAAGUUCUGGAAGCACAUCAAGGAGAAGGGGCUUGAGGGCGAGGGCGAGGGCGAGGCGACCAACCUGUUUACCGAGUUAGGGAUACCCGAGAAAGAAUGA